CUGGAUCAGCAGUACAAUGAAUUCAAGCUGAGGUCCAUCAUGUCGGAGCACAAAAAGACCAUAACAGCCAUCAGCUGGUGUCCCGACAACCCGGAUCUGUUUGCGUCAGCCUCCGCCGACAAUCUGCUCAUUAUUUGGAACGUAGCUGAGAAAAAGGCAGUGGCGAGGCUGGACAACACUAAAGGCGUCCCUGUGUCGGUCAGCUGGUGCUUGAACUCCACUGAAGGAGUGGCGUUCGUCUCCCAACGCGGUCCGCUCUACAUCUGGGAUUACAGAGGCUCUGACCCGGGGGUCACCGUCCACAAGGAAGCCCACUCCUUCCUCUCUGAUAUCUGUCUGUUCCGAUGGCACCCCACCAAGAAGGGAAAGCUGGUGUUUGGACACACAGACGGAAGUUUGUCUGUUUUUCAGCCGGGUGAGAGAUUAAAUGAUGGAACCGACAC